GUGCUUCAUUAUACUGUUGGCAGUAUGCAACAUUUCUGAUUGUAUUGGACCAAUUCUUCUUGCGGGACAUACUGAAGACUGACAGUGAAGGUCUACUGUGAGGUUGACACAUUCAGUCCAGUGAUUACCAUGAAUUCCAGAAAGUUGAGUCCUUCACCACGCACAUCCUAUUUGAUUCACCGUGGCCCACCAAAACGAUUUCGUCUAGUCACAGAAAGAACGGUGCUCGAUGAUAAUGGAAAAGUCAGAAAAUGGACUUUUGGGAUAAAAGACAAAAGUAAACAAAACAAAAUUGUUCUGCUGGUGGGAGAAACUGGCGCUGGAAAGACGACUCUCAUUAACACCAUGGUCAACUACUUGCUGGGGGUGAAGUUUGAGGAUGAAAUAUGGUAUGAAAUCACAGAAGAAGAAGCCAGAGACCAAUCAGAAUCACAAACCUCUGAAAUCACCAUGUACGAGUUCUGUCCAUUAAAGAGUCUCAUGUCUCUCACCAUCAUUGAUACUCCAGGCUACGGAGACACUAGAGGACUGGAAAAAGAUCUAGAAGUUGCUGAAAAUUUAUCUGCUCUGUUUCAGAGCAAUGAUGGAGUUCGUGAGAUUGAUGCCAUUUGUUUUGUUAUCCAAGCUUCUAAGAAUCGUCUCUCAGACAGACAGCAUUACAUUAUCAGUUCAGUUCUGUCUUUGUUUGGGAAAGACAUUGUGAACAACAUUGUGUUUUUAAUAACACACUCUGAUGGUCUGGAACCCAAUAACGUCCUUGGUGCCAUUAAUAUAGCUAAAAUCCCCUGCAGACGAGACCACAAUAACAAGCCAGUUCAUUUCAUAUUUAACAACCGGCAGGCUGAAGCACACCACAAUGAGAAACGUUACCUUCGUGCUCAAAGUGUUGCUUGGGAAAACAGCAUGGAAGAGAUGAAGCAAUUUCUUCAGUCACUGGAUGAAAAGAACAGGAAAAGUUUAGAGUUGACUUCAAAUGUCCUGAUAGAGCGCGUUCAAUUUGAAGCGUUUAUUAGCAACUUACGACUGCGAAUUCAAGAGAAAGAAUCAAAGAUGUCUGAAAAAAUUCAGAUCCAGGAGGCAAUAAGACAAAACAAAGAUAAGGUUGACAGACAUGCAAACUUUAGUAUUAGAGUAAAAAAAACAGUCAAAGAGAAGGUUUCCAUUGAAAGCAUGUCAUGGAAGAGCAGGAAGGCGACAACCUGUACUGUCUGUGAGGAAAACUGCCAUGAGUUUGACUGCUGGUGGGCUUCUAAUCCCAGCAAAUGUGAAGUCAUGAAAAAAGGCUACUGCACCGUCUGCACAGGGAUGUGCCACCACAGCAAACAUGUCAGAGAAAACAAGAAAUAUAUAAUCAGAAACUUGAACAUUGUGAUGCAAUAUGAAGAUGUAAGACAGAAAUAUGAAAAAGCCCUAGAACAAACCAAGACACAUUUGGUUGUAAUGGAACAUCUUAGCAAAGAUCUGCAGGAGCUUGAGGACCAAAAGUCAACUCUUCUGUUCAACGCUUACAGGACCAUCAAGCAUCUGUCUCAGAUCGCAUUAAAGCCAGACUCCGCGUUCACACUUCAUCAUCUCGACUUCUUCAUCCCCAGACUGAAUGAGUCUAGGAAAGUAGACUGGGCCCGAGAGCUGGAGGAAAUGAAGAGAACCGCUGAAGCUGAGGAAGCAAAUAAAGAUGCUCUGAGUUAUCUGAAAGCUGGUCUGUCAAAACUGGAACAUGUUUUUGGUGGGCAAUGAACAAAUGCAGAGAGGACAAGAAAUGAAUCAAUGAGAAUGAUCUGUAAAUAAUACAAAAAAUAUCAUUUAAUCAUAGUAUUGCAUUGCGUAGUAUUAUCAAAAUGUUGCAUCCAUGAACAUUGCGUUUACGCUUGUGUUAAUCCUGGUUGAACUCUUCCACGUUUUAUCUCAAUUGCUGGAGUCUUUCAUUUUUUGUAUUUUUUGCCUGUAUUACGUUAUUUCCUUCAGAUUUGUCUGUCUUGAUGUCAACAUCAAUUUUUAUAUUAAAUAAAAUAACUAAAAUAAAUACAAGAAUAUAUUA